GACAAAAUGGUUCAGGUUCUGACGCUCAAUACAAGCUCGCAGCUCCAGCCCGUCUUCGCAGUGCGACUUGAAAAUACGGUGCCCAAGUCGGUAGCGUUCACAGAUAACCGGAGCAUCUAUGUGUUCGGGCUCUAUGAUGGCAACUUCAUGAAACUGAAGGAUGAAGAUGGCGACAUAGUGCAAGAAAUUAGCUGCAAAUCAGUGAUUGGUCAUGCUGCGGUGUACUCCAAGCGGGGGGUGUUCGUUGUUGAUAAUGCAACAGACGGGUUUACAUUAUAUCGCCUUGAAGGUGAUGGUGAGUUUGUUCGAACGUUUGCAACUGGUUUGCCAAGCAUAUCGGUCCCGAAGCAAGUGGCAUUCGGGGAAGACGGCAAGGUAGUUGUGGGAGGAAGUGACCAUGGGCUAGUAUAUAUAUUUGAUCGGAAGACAGGGGAGACACUUCAAACCCUCCACCACGCGGACACUGGCCUUGUGCAAACAAUAUCCGUAAGU